AUUUGAUUUGAUUUGAUAAAGAAUAUCCAAACGAAUAACUACUGAAGUAGACGUGCAAAGAUGAGCGACAGGUGACGACUGUGUGUAGCGUUUCGUCGAGACUUCACUCAUUUGGGUAGUGGAAGGGGGCAACGCUGCUGGUUAAUCGUUACGUCUUUCAGACAGACUACACUUCCGAGCGUUCUGGAUUCUGACAAUUAAACUGACCUUCAGACAAGGGGUCUUCCUGUCCAGUGUGCAGGGGCCAUGGCCUUCCUGGGGGUAGCCAUGCGGAGGUUGGCGGGGGGCUGGGCCCCCGUCUCUCCCCUGACCCGUGCCUCCACCCACUGCUACAGCUCGGAACCCACCAAAGAGAAGAAUGUUCCCUACGAGAUCACAUUAAAACAGGAGGAGGGCGUCACCAGCGGGCCCACCAAACCCCUCCCCCGAGCAGCGGAGGCUGUGGUGAUUGGAGGGGGCAGCCUGGGGUGCCAGACCCUGUACCACCUCGCAAAGAUGGGCAUGACCAACGUGGUGCUGCUGGAGAGGGACCGUCUGACUGCUGGCACCACCUGGCACACCGCAGGCCUGCUGUGGCAGCUCCGGCCCAGCGACGUGGAGGUGGAGUUGCUGGCCCACACCAGGAACGUGAUCAGCAGGGACCUGGAGGAGGAGACGGGCCUCCACACAGGCUGGAUCCAGAACGGAGGCCUAUUCAUCGCCUCCAACAAGCAGAGGCUGGACGAGUACAAGCGCCUCAUGUCGCUAGGGAAGGUGUAUGGGAUCGAGUCCCAUGUGCUGUCACCGGCUGAGACCAAGGAUCUGUACCCGCUGAUGAACGUGGAUGACCUGUACGGAACGCUGUAUGUGCCCAAGGAUGGCACCAUGGACCCAGCAGGCACCUGCACCACCCUCACCAGGGCAGCUUCUGCCAGGGGGGCAACGGUGAUAGAGAACUGCCCGGUAACAGGUAUCCAGGUGAGGACAGAUGACCUUGGUGUGAAGAGGGUAAAGGCUGUAGAGACCGCCCACGGAACCAUAGAGACGUCCUGCGUCGUCAACUGUGCAGGUGUGUGGGCCACCAAGCUGGGUGACAUGGCGGGAGUUCGGGUUCCCCUCAUCGCCAUGCACCACGCCUAUGUAGUCACAGAGAGGAUUGAGGGCAUUCAGAACAUGCCUAAUGUAAGGGACCAUGAUGCAUCUGUCUACCUUCGUCUCCAAGGAGACGCACUCUCUGUUGGAGGCUACGAACAGAACCCCGUCUUCUGGGAUGAGGUGUCUGAUAACUUUGCGUUCAGCCUGUUUGACCUGGACUGGGAUGUGUUCAUGCAGCACAUAGAGGGAGCCAUCAACAGAGUUCCUGCCCUGGAGCAGACUGGCAUCAAAUCUACUGUCUGUGGACCUGAGUCGUUCACAGCGGACCACAAGCCCCUGAUGGGCGAGGCGCCCGAGGUGAGGGGCUUCUUCCUGGGUUGUGGCUUCAACAGUGCAGGGAUGAUGUUGGGAGGAGGCUGUGGUAGAGAGCUGGCUCACUGGAUUAUCCAUGGACGACCUGAGAAGGACAUGUAUGGUUAUGAUAUCAGGCGGUUCCACAACUCUCUGACGGGGAACAACCAGUGGAUCAGAGAGAGGAGUCACGAGUCAUACGCCAAGAACUACUCUGUCGUGUUCCCCUUCGACGAGCCCCUGGCCAGCCGCAACAUGAGGAGGGACCCCUUUCACCAGGUGCUGACAGAGCAGGGAUGCGUGUUCCAGGAGAGACACGGGUGGGAGAGACCAGGAUGGUUCAACACAGACGGGCCCGCCCCGGUUUUGGACUAUGACUAUUAUGGAGCCUAUGACAUCAAGGAGAAUGAGAAAAACAAGUACAAGGAUCUUCUGGGCAAAGAGUACACCUUCGACUUCCCUCCACACCACGAUGUGAUCAAGAAUGAGUGUUUGACCUGCAGACAAGGAGUGGCUGUCUUCAACAUGUCCUACUUCGGGAAGUUCUAUCUAACAGGACCGGACGCCAAGAAGGCUGCAGAUUGGCUUUUCACGGCCAACGUCAACAAAGCUGCAGGCUCCACAGUGUACACCUGCAUGCUGAACAGCAGAGGGGGAUCAGAGGCUGACCUGACUGUGAGCAGGCUGGACCCUGGCACUGCCACCCUGCCCCUGGCACCUCGCACUGAGGGUGACUCCUACUACUUGGCCAUUGGGGGGGGUGUGGCAGAGCACAACUGGAACCACAUCCGGACUGUCCUGCAGGACGAGGGCUUCCGCUGCGAUCUGCUCGACCAAUCAGAGGACAUGGGCAUGAUCAGCAUCCAGGGUCCCAAGAGUCGCGAGGUUCUGCAGGAGGUUCUGGAUGCUGAUCUGAGUAACGAGGCCUUCCCCUUCUCUACACACCAAGUAGUCACCGCAGCAGGACACCAGGUGCGUGCCAUGCGUCUGUCUUUCGUGGGGGAGCUGGGAUGGGAGCUGCACAUCCCCAAAGACUCCUGUCUGCCCGUCUACCACUCAGUCAUGGCCGCCGGCGCCAAGCAUGGCAUCUGCAACGCUGGCUACAGAGCCAUCGAUUCACUCAGCAUUGAGAAAGGCUACAGGCACUGGCACGCCGACCUGCGGCCCGAUGACACUCCCCUGGAGGCGGGGCUAGCGUUCACCUGUAAGAUGAAAAGCCCCACCCCCUUCCUGGGCCGUGCCUCUCUGGAGCGCCAGAAGGCUGAGGGCCUGAGGAGACGCAUAGUCUGCUUCACCAUCGACGAGAAGGUGCCCAUGUUUGGUCUGGAGGCCGUCUUUCGUGAUGGCGUUCCCGUCGGACACCUCCGGCGUUCCGACUACGGAUUCUUCAUCGACAAGACGAUUGGAUAUGGGUACAUACGCAACCCAGACGGAGGAGUGGUAAGUGCUGACUUCAUCAAAAGCGGGAAGUUUACGCUGGAGAGAAUGGGUGUGGUCUAUGAGGCCAAGGCCCACCUCAAGUCACCCUUCGACCCCGAGAACAAGCGUGUGAAGGGUAUCUACUAGGAGGGGGACCACAGCGGCGUGUACAAGGCACGCAUGUAAAACAAGCUCAUCCCCAACUGCUUGGGCUUGUUUGAUUGCUGUCACAAAGUUACUGGAAGGGUGCAGCCAUUUUAAUUGCCCCAAUACCACCUCCGGGACAGUGCCAAUAAAAUGGAGUCAUUAAGAAAGCCAUCUGACAUUCCAAAUGAUACUGCAAGAAACUAACAUGAACUGCAAUUUCCUCCCGGGAAUCAAUCAAGUUCUAAUCUACUCUCUCACUACCCUAUAUGACUCAGCAGAGCCGAGUUCACACAUAUUCAAUAACGUUUACAUCUUACUUAGUAAUCUAGAAUAUCAAGAGAUGCAUCCAAUCAGUUGGUGGCUUUUUUUGGUAAUCCAAAAAUCUAGAUCACUCCAUGCAGGAGUCUGUGUUUGUGGUAAAUGUGCUUUCGACUGGAACUGGACAGUUGCAUGUGGAUAUUACAAGGUCUUAAAAUGUGCCAUUUGAGGACAAAGCAGAAUCAACAGUUGAUUAUCUGUCUCCUGUUAAAGUCUGAAAUAACGAGCAUGCUUCUGAAACCUUUGAGGCAAGUUAUUGUCUCUGAACGUGUGGUGAGUAGUUGGCCAGGUCUUAAUUUAGGUUAAAUUAGUAAAUGUGUCAACUUCGAGAUAUUUAUAAAUUCUUAAGAAAACACAUGUUUUAUAUUAGUAACAUGUGAUAUUUUUAUUCCGAAGUAUCCAAUCCUGUCAAUAGUGAUGUUCUUUUAGUGGUAGAAACAAUUUAUAAGACUACAAAAUCCUGAUGGUUUAUGCCAUUCAUUUGUGAUUUGGUUCAUGGUAGGGUUUUGCUGCAUACUUAUUUGCUAAAGCUAGCUACUGUUUGGUAAAUAGACCCACAGUUUGCUAUAUAGAAAUAGAAAUGAGCUUGGGUAAUUUGGCAAAUUCUUUGGCAAGUUUGGCUAAAACCAGGAUAAUGCGAGAGGGGCAUUUCCUUCUAAUUAGAACUCUAUGCUAAUGCUUUGCUAACUAUGCCUACUUUUAGGGUAUAACUUGACUCAUGAUAGCCAGGCUAGCCAUACAAGCAUAAACAAGUUUAUGCUAGCUGGGUUAAGGCUAGUGUGUAAUUUCUAAAGCCUCUCCCCAACACAUUUGGUGCAGUCAAUAAUGAAAAGUCUGCGUAAGCACUAAGUACUAAUUGGUCUCUAACUAAAACAGAUUACUAUGUUGGUGCUAAAACCACUCUAAUUCCUCAAAUUAAUUAGUUACAUUUCAUCUGACUAUUCAUGGAUAGCAUUUUCUGAAGUAAUAAUGUUUUUGAGCUAUGUAGAACCAUGUUUACCAAGUCAAAGCCAUUUAAGUUUGCUUGAAGGGUCAUUUAUGCAUUGUCGUCUCCUUUCUGAAAUACAAUGAUGGCUUUGCAGCACAGUGAGUGUUUGCUUUGUUUGUCUGAAUAAACAGUGUAUUGACAUUAAAUGU